AUGACUGAACACAACAUGCACGCUGCAGAAAUCCACGAGCUGGCUCUGGAAGCAGAAGUCAGGAACGAUCCGCCCAGAGAUCCUGAAAAACUCAAUACCGAUAUUGGGUUCUCUGCCCCUCGUGGCUCAGCCCCACAUGGAAAAGCGAUUGGAAUCCGUCGUUAUUCGGAUAGGACAUACUCAGAAACUCCAGAUGAUGAGGAACCUAGCGAGGAGGAGAAAACAACUCUGAGACGAAUUGGCGAGAAUCUCCCCAUCUCCGCAUGGUUGGUUGCAAUUGUGGAAUUGUCUGAACGAUUUACAUUCUACGGAGCCCAGGGACUAUUUCAAAACUAUAUCCAGAGACCUCUUGAUGGCAGCCUGGGGCGGGGUGCUCUGGGGCAGAAACACCAGACCGCAACUGCACUGAACACAUUUUUCUCCCUCUGGUGCUACGUCACUCCUAUCCUCGGCGCAAUCGUAGCAGAUCAGUAUCUCGGAAAAUACAAAACAAUUGUGGUCUUUGCGGGCGUCUACAUCAUGGGGCUUUUGAUUCUCCUUUUGACUUCUCUACCAGUAUCUCUCGAGAACGGAGCAGGAUUGGGAGGUUUCAUUGCAGCAAUCUUGGUCAUCGGAAUUGGUACUGGUGGUGUCAAAGCGAACGUUUCGCCCCUCAUCGCCGAUCAGUAUACUCGAAAGCGCAUGGCCGUCAAGACUCUCAACACCGGAGAGCGAGUUAUCAUUGAUCCUGCAGUCACGAUUCAGCGAAUCUACCUUGUCUUCUACUGUUGUAUCAAUGUCGGUUCGUUAUCAUUACUAGCCACCCCAUACAUGGAGCGCGAUAUUGGAUUCUGGUCAGCCUAUUUGUUGUGUUUGUGCAUGUUCAUGACCGGCUUCGUUUGCUUGGUCCUUGGUCGGAAGAAGUAUAUUGUCCGACCGCCUCAGGGAUCUAUCAUCACAGACGCAUUCAAGGCCAUCGGAAUUAUGGUCAAGUACCGCAAUAUGGAUGCUCCGAAACCCUCAUACCAAGAAGAGUUCGGUCGAAAACAUGCUACACCCUGGAAUGAUUUGUUCAUUGAUGAAUUGAAGCGUGCUCUUCAAGCGUGCAAGAUUUUUCUCUUCUAUCCUAUCUAUUGGGUCGUGUACUCUCAGUUCUCAGGCAAUUUUGUUUCGCAAGCAGCACAGAUGAAUGGACAUGGAAUCCCCAACGACCUGAUGCAGAACUUUGACCCUAUUGCUAUCCUAUUCUUUGCCCCAAUCAUGGAUCGACUUGUGUAUCCAAUGUUACAGAAGUAUCACAUCAAAUUCCGACCAAUCACUCGAAUUUCUUUCGGUUUCGUUGUCGCUUCGAUGUCAAUGUUGUAUGCUGCUGUUCUGCAGCAUUUCAUAUACCAAGCUGGUCCCUGCUACGGACACCCACUUCAAUGCCCUGCUGCUCUGGUAGAUACCAAAGUUGCCCGACCAAACAACAUCCACAUCGCAAUCCAGACACCAGCCUAUAUGUUCAUUGGCAUCUCUGAAAUCUUUGCGUCCGUCACUGGUCUCGAGUACGCCUACAUGAAGGCACCGCCAUCCAUGAAAUCGUUCGUCCAGUCAAUGUACCUAUUGACAAAUGCAUUUGGUUAUGCUAUCGGCGAAGCUUUCACUCCUUUGGUUGGAGAUCCUGAUAUCUUGUGGCUAUUCACUGGUCUCUGUGUCGGAUCGUUGUUUGUUGGAUGCCUGUUCUGGGUAUUGUUCCAUAAAUACGAUGCGAUGGAAGAUGCGGUGAACUCUUUAGAUGCUAAACAUGACGAGUUGUUGAACAAGAACGCUUUGAACGAUGCCACAAUGGAUGACGAAAGGCAUUAG